CCUAAAAGAGAAGAGAAAAAACUAUCACAAUUACAAACGAUGGAGCCCAUAGGUGGAUUUCAUGAGGCGGAACUAUCUCAGCUGGUAUAUCAUCACACAAAAUACCAACCCAUACCCAAAACACAAAGCCAAACCUCCUCCGAUAAACAUAAACCCCAACCUUUUCAACCAUUUUUUUAUUGCCCUUCUACACGAAUUAUAUAUGAUUAUUCCCACUUUAUCUAUCCGGUCCGUUAUUCCCCCGAAUAUGUUGAGUCUACAACAAGUAGUGAUGACAGUGAUGACGCUUAUGAAGAACAUUCAAUACUCCCUUUGUUUUGGUGCAACAACAAAGAAUUCAAUGUCAAUGGUGGGUGUUACAUAUGCAGCGGCUCAAAUUUCGGCACAGACUAUUAUUUUUGUGACAUAUGUGAUCAAACAUACCACAAAGAAUGCGUCCAAUCUCCAUUCAAAAUCAAACACCCUCAUCACCCUAAACAUUCUCUCCAACUUUCAUAUCUUCGGCCUAAUGCUCCUGAUAUAGAGUGUUUAUGUUGUGGAAAAAGAGCAAUGGGUCUGGUAUAUAAUUGUACCAGGUGUGAUGUUGCAAUGCAUACAGUCUGUGCGAUGAAGUCAAUACCCUUCGGUGGAUUUCAUGAGGUGGAAACUGAUGGUAAACAAUAUCUGGUAUAUCAUCACCCGAAAUACCAACCCAUACCACAAGCACAAACCCCAGUCUCCUCCUUCGGUGAAUUAGUCAACGAUGCCCUUUUCGUUUGCCCUGUGUCACGAUGUCUAAAAGACGGUAAUCAAAACUCUCACCCGCUGACUUCCUCCCCGGAAUACAUCGUCUCUAAAAUAAGAACUUCGCGAAACAGAACAAGAAGUGCGCAUCAGAAAAUUCAUUCAGUACUCCCGUUGUUUUGGUGCAACAAUAAAGAGUUUGAUGACGAUGGUGAAUGCGGCAUAUGCAGCGGAGCAAAGUUUGGCACAGACUAUUAUUUCUGUGUCGAAUGUGAUACAAUUUUACACAGAGAAUGCGUCAAGGCUCCACUUAAAAUCAAACACCCUUACCAUCCUAAGCAUUCUCUCCAACUUUACUAUUAUCGUCCAACUCAAGAUGCAGAGUGUUUAUGUUGCGGAAGAGGAGCAAGCGAUAUGGUAUAUUAUUGUACCAAAUGUGAUGUUGUUAUGCAUACAACAUGUGCGAUGACGUCGAUACCCUUCGUUGUAGACCAACCAAAAACCCAUGAUCAUCCCCUCACUCUUUUCCCCAAACAGGCUUCUUUAACUUGCAACGUUUGUGGUCUAAUCAGAGAAGGUAAACCAACCUACGUUUGUCUCAAAUGCAGCUUUGUUGCUCACAACGACUGUAUGUAUUCUCCACGUAUCAUCAAGAUAUCACGUCAUAACCAUCGUAUCUCCUACACCGCUUCUCUACAAUCCCAAGAAUGUUAUUGUGGAGUUUGUCGUAAAAGUAUUGAUGGUGAUUAUGGUUCAUAUACUUGUGACAAAUGUGAUGACGACUUUGCUGUUCACGUAAGAUGUGCUCUACGGAGAGAUGUGUGUGAUGGAGUGGAACUCGAAGGUGUACCAGAAGAAGAUGAUAUAACACAAGAUGAUGAGCCGUUUGAGAUGAUAUCUAAAGGAGUGAUACUUCAUUUUCUUCAUGACCAUUAUCUUCGGCUCGAGGUUAGCCUAAUUUAUGACGAAAACAAGCUUUGUCAAGCAUGUGUUAUGCCUAUAAUUAAGGAGGAGUUCUAUUCUUUUAUGGAGUGUGAGUUCUAUUCUUGUAUGGAGUGUGAGUUCAUGCUCCAUAAAACAUGCGCAAACUCUCCCCGCAGAAUACAGCAUUUGUUACAUCCUCAUCCACUUAAAUUAAUCCCUGAGAGUGAGUAUGGUAACCGUGUCUACUAUUGCGAUGCUUGUUAUCGUUAUUGUGGUGGCUUUAUGUAUUUUUGUCCCAUAGUGGAAUGCGAUUUCUGUGUAGAUGUACGGUGUGCUGCAAUAUCGGAGCCGUUUGUCUUUCAAGGUCACGACGAUCCCUUGUUCCUAGCUUUAGACCCAGAAGUGAAGCCAAUAUGUAAGGUCUGCAAAUCAGAAUGUCGUAAACAAUUUAAUUGCAUCAAAUGCGAUUUUAUUGUUUGUAUCAACUGCGCUACCUUACCAUACAAAGCAAGGUAUAAGCACGACAAACACUUGCUUACAUUAUUGUGGGGGACAGAGGUGUGUGAAAAAGAUUGGUGCGAGGUAUGCGAACGUAAUCUACAAGAUACAAGCACUAAGUUAUUCUAUUGGUGCAACGACUGCUGCACUACUCUUCACAUUGCCUGCUUAUUUAAUGACGACCUAUAUGUGAAACCUGGUCAAAUUUUGAAAGUGAAAGGGAAGGAGGUCAAAGUUAUUGCCAAGAGAAAUCUUUCUCGACCACUUUGUGAUUCUUGUAAGUAUCCUUGUCAGGGCAGAGUACUUACGACAGACAACAACAAAGCGUGUUCUAUGAAAUGUGUUCGUGAUAUUGUCACUGAAGAUGAGAAUCCAGUAAGUUAAUUAUAUAGUUCCAUCUCUAUUAUUAGUGUAAUUUUUUUUUCUGUUAAAGAUGUAAUUUGUUUCUACUCUCAUUCAUAUAUCCGACUUUGUGGUUUGUUAAGCUUUG